UGGAAAUCAAAACGGCUUUGAUAUCGAUGUCAAUUGUUUUUUCGGACUUCGGAAGCCACAGCAACGCACACUUGAUCCAAACGAAAAAUUUGCGACAGACGAUUGUUUUGAAACGCCUGGGGGCUAGAAUUUUCAAGGACUUUUACGGUGCCAAGAGUGAUAUACAGGGUGGACAAUUUAUAGAACGUCACAUGUGAAAACAAGAUUUGUGGAUGUUGAAUUUGUGAAAAGAUGAAUUCAGCAUUGAAGCCAGUUUUAACGUCUUCAGCGCCACAAAAUCCUCCUGUGACGACUCAAUUAAACAAACCGAUGCAUCCUCAAGGAACCCCAACAAAUUAUGGGCAACCGUCAACUCAUAUGCCUCAAAGUUUAGUUAAUUUGCCCCAUAAUAACCCAACAGUCGCCCAUUCACACCCCAAUCCUGCACAUCAGAGUAAUCACUAUUCGUUAAAUGUGCCCAACGCACCACAUUACUCCAGUAAUAACCCAUCGUCGAUACCUGCCAGCAACCACCCAGUACCUAACGUCAGUCAAGGGCAAGGAGGACAAACCUAUUCACCCAACAAAAAUGUACCAUUUUCGGGAGGAUACCAACCAAAUCUCGGACAUCCGCCCAAUCAAAAUCUGAUGCCUCCGGUGAGCCAGACCCUACCCGCCACACAGCCCCAUCACUCCCCCGCGGCCACUGACGACAAGCCUCAAUCGAACGGCACUGCCGAAGUGAAAUCACCGACAAAACCGGAGCCUCAAGAAAACCACGUGUCUUUGCCCCGAGAUAAAUCGCCGAUGCCUCCAAGUUCUCCUAAAAUGACCGAAAAAUCUGAAGAAAAAUCCUCUCCGACGGCCUUACCUGAACAGAAACAACCUCAGGAAUCUAAAUCGGUGGAAGAAGCUAAAACGUCCCCCGAACCCGCCGAGAGCCCCAAAAGUGCGCCGCCCGCAAGUGAAACUGACCCGAAACUCGAAGUAACGGAACCUCCCGAGGCGAAGGCGAGUGAACCUCAAGAAACUAAAGAAAACAUCACAGAGGAGGCGACGCAAAACUCGCCCCCGAAAACAAACAAAGAACAAAAGUCCAAAACCACGCCGAAGACGGCGAGGAAAUCGAGAACACCCAAACCCGAAGGGGAUUCACCCAAAACGGCGAAAGCUGAGAAAACUCAGCAAAAAUCGCCCACGGUUGCUAAAAGCAAAAGGACGCGUACCAAAACGCAACCUUAUCAGAGUCCAUUACCUGAAAUCGAAAUUAUCACAAAAAUUACUUCGUCGACUCCCAGGAAUAAAGCAAAUGACGACAAAUUGAUUGUUUUCUAUAAAAACGAAUUUUUGGCUGUAAGAAACUCAGAGGGUAGUUUUUAUAUUUGUCAAGCUGCGCAAAAUAUUUAUAAAAGCUCACCAAAAAUACGAAUUCGUUGGCUUUCGCAAGACAAGAGCGAAAAGUCCGGCGAGGUGUACACACCGGAUUUUUACGAUAAUACAGAUUUUGAUUGUAUAUUAACAAACCUAAAUUUGGUACGUGUAGAUAAGGGUCGUUACAGAUUGCCUCCCGCCGAAAAAGAACGAACCGACAGUAUUUUAAAACGAUCUCUAGCUGUCGAAAAAGGCGAAGUGACCUCACCUUCACUCACAGAAGAACAUCCAGAUGGCAUAGAUGUGUCGCUCUACAAGGAAGAGAGCCAGUUGAAAAAACGGAAAUCAACUAAACGCAAGGCCUCCUCAGUUCUCCGUUCAAAGUCCUCCAGUAGCACGACGAAAUCACCCGACCAGCCGAAAGUCCGCAAAGUGGCCAAACCGGCAAAAAAAGCCGCCAAGAAGGCGGCCCCUGUUCCCGCCAAACCCAAGCCGAAACCUGAAGAGAAAAAACCCAUUCCUUCGUCGAGUCGAACUGACCGAGCGAAACGACGAAGUGACAACCAGAAUCACAAUAAAGUCAGUCCAGUGGUCGACCAGAAAAAGGCGAAAGUAUUGGCCAAAGUGGCCAGGAAAGGGGCCCCCAAAACGGGCAAAAUUACGAAAGCGGCGAAAGCCAAGAAGGCAGCCCCCAAGGUCGGCGCAAAGAAAACAAAGCGAGCGAAGAAAUAAAUUCACAUCGAACUUAUCACAUUUUCACUGAGAGUUGUGAUGUGUGAGUUGUGAUGAAGAGGAAUUGCGUCCAAUACAUAUUUCUGACAAAUCAAACUGAUACGUACCGAGGGACAAAAACGAAGAAAAUGCAGUUUAAGCCUUAAUUUUUAUUUAUUUACGGAAUGUGUGUUUGGAUGACAUUCUUCGUAUGUUGCAAUGUUGAUAGUUCUAUUAUCUAUUGGCCAUCUUCAGUAACGGAAUAGUUUAUUUAUUUUUGUGUCACCUUUUGGUCUCUUUUUAAGUUGCUGAUUUUUUACUAAGAUUUUAGUAUUGUGUUUAUAACAAUUAUUUAAGGGCAUAUUUUCUUCAAGUGCAUUAUUUAAGUUUUUCUCAAUUUAUUAUGAAGUCUAAAUAGCACUAGUAUUACUUAUAUUUUGUAUCGGUACUCAUUUGUACAUUUAAAGCUCUACUUAGAUGUAAAGUCAUGUGAGCAUAUAAUAUAGAUUUAAUCUAUGAAUAAAAAUUGUUUCAAUGAUACUUAGGUGACCGUUGAUGAGUAUAUGUAAAUAUACAAUGACCAAUAUAAUUAUAUAUUUCUUUAUAAUAAACAAAAGCACAGGCAAUUUUUCAUUUUAAGUUAUUUAGGAUUUAGUAUGUGUUGUGCUUAAACAAAUUAAUUAUUAAGGAAAAUGUGGAAUGGAUGUUGAUGUAGUCAUGGUCAAAGUUCGAUUGAAGGUUAAAUUUUUCUCAAAUAAUUUAUAAAUGGAAAUUAUUGAAUAAAUCUUUAAAAUAACAAAAAUUUUUCUUCUGAAAAAAUUGAAACGUUAGUAGGAUUGAUUUUUUUUCAAACAAUUAAGACAGGUAUCAGUAAGUGUGUAAAGUAUAUAAACACUAAACAAAAUACUUUUUUUUACUAAGUUAACCAAUUUAUAUUUUAGA